AACCUACCAACACAGUGCAUCUACACAACUCCCUCGCAACUGCGUCGAAACGAAACCGUACAAAAUCGAAGAGAGCUAAAUUUGUUGGCACAAAAGUGAAAUUCAGUAAUAAUGACACAUGUUUUAUGAAAUAUACAAGUAUUCUAUUGUAAAUGGUACCUAUUGUUUAUGUUAUGGCUGCUUACAUGACAUAAAUAUAAACACAAAUUUCUCAUUAGAGUAGUUACACCCAAAGUGCUCUACAGUGAUAUGAGUCUUUUAAAUUGCUCAAAAUGGAUACGCAUUCGUAUUAUUUGUUGUUGGACAACGAUACCUCAAGAGUCAGUAUAGCAUGGAAAGGGAUUCAACUGAUUUGUCUUUUAAGCAUAGGCCUCAGUGGUUUUUGGGCGGCCUUUUGUAUGGGACGAUUGACUUUAGAUUUUGGUAACAACUGUUUUCUUUACGCUCAUCUGGAAUUUCUAACGAACGACACAGAUUUGGCGACCAUGCGUAAAACGUACCCUCUGCUUGCUGAUCACCUACCUGCAGCUUCAGCAAUAAAUUUACGUACAACAGAAUGGGGUAAGAAGAGUAUGUGCUACUUUUGCCAGUUUACCCCAUUAAUGUCGUCGAUUUAUGCUCUGAUAUGGUUUGCAUUAUUUCUACUAUGCACCAGAGGGGGUGUUGGAUACAUUUCUGAUACAUUUUCCCGUCCAUGGAGAAUAGUUUACCCAGCCCUUAUUUUUGGCGCAAUUUCUGCGAUAGUCAUGUUUGUAAGUGCAAUACAUAUAACAAACGGCUCACAAGAGUUUUGUACUCAAUUUGUAAAGCGAUGGAAUUCUACAAGUUGUUUUAAUGAUAUUGACAAAUAUACUAUAUACUUUUCUGGGAGAAAAGCCACAUUUUUUGCAAAUCUCAUAGCAAGUGUUACAUCUUCCCAUAUUUGCUGCGUUUCAUGGUUAUUGUACGUACUGAUACUUUCCUUGAGAAUAAUGUGUAUUGCCGAUUUUCAAAUGGUUAAGGUUGAAGUUAUGCAUUCAACUUCGUCAAAGCAAUGCUUAACAUACACACCAUCCUCGACACCUCAACCAAAACAAAUCCUAAUGGCCACGCCAGAAAGUAUAUCGGAUGAUGUAGAAAAACAGGCUGGUAAGGGUGACAGGGAUUUUACGCUUCAAGAUUCCGACAAAACAUCAUUGAAAGACGAACCAGCACAUCUUCAGUCACAAAAACAAAAAUAUAGUCCUUCUCUUAAUUUCGCCGAUGACAGUCCCUUUAAUGAAGACAACAAAAGUAUUUCUUUAGUUCCAUUGACGAAGAAACCUGACGAUUUAGGUUCCAACGAGAACCGCGAUGAAUUAGCUUGGCGCGCUCCUCGAAUUGAUUUCAGUAAUUUAUAACAUCCCACGUUUCAUUUAGUCAGGUUUCACUAGCAUGUGUGUCGGAAUUUUAAACGAUUGAUCGAGUUGCAUUGUAAGAAAUUAUGAAUUUAUUACAGAAAGGAAAAGAGCGUUAAAAGCUCGUGUCCUUACGUUUGAUCCUGACAUAAGUAGUACUAAAAGAAGAAGAACCAAAGGUAAUUCAACUUUCUGUAACUUAGAGGACCUGCACUUUUAUUGAUUAUUAGAAAUGAUAGCAAAGGAUUGGAAUUAUCAAACCCUCGACCCCGUUCCAAACCAGUCUGAUUUCAAUUUAAUAGACCUAGAAAAGAAUGAUGGUGAUACAGUUAACCCUUAAAACACAGUCGCUUAAAUCUGUUGCCCACAGAAUCUUUCCAAAAACGUAUGAAGAUAUGUGAGGCACGUUUAGACGCUCUUCAAAAGUUUAAACGGCAAAUGCGCACGGAUAAAGGAACAACUACCCGCGGUAACUACGCUUUAACAAACGUAAAAGUUUCACAAUUUGUUCAUUCUAGAAUAUGUAUUCGGACCUUCUGGUGCACAACAGUAUGCGAAAAGUUUCCGUGAUAAACCAAGUACCAAGUUUUUUUGCAGUUCUGAUAGAAUACAUUCUAAUAAUUUCAUCAUACUUACUUAUUUAGAUUUUUGCAAUUCGUCUCGAUUUGUUGUAAUUUUCAUCCCUGUUUUGUUUUUAAUACAGAGCCCGCGUUUCCCGCAUUGAGGAUUCCGCGAGCAAUACCCGAAGCACCUGGUCCGUCGACCCGUGGAGGAACUGCAGAAGCAGAAUUGUUUAAAGGAAUAGACGUAAUCGGUACAAAACUAAUCAAAACGUGUUGCUUUUAAAUACCUUUGUAUCCUUGAAGUUUGCCACUCUAUUCAUGUAAACAGGGUAACUAUAGUAACGUUCCUUGGGAGGUGCCGACUCGAACUGUAGCAGCGAUAAGCAAUAUAUCAGAUUCCCUGGCUACUGGUAUAUUUAUUACCAGUGCUACAGUUGCAGUAUUUGAAGAUAGUCAAAGUAUCUGUAACAUAGUGGUACAAAAUUCAUGGCCUGAAAUUUCUAGAUGCAUUUUCAAUAAUUUCCUUGCUGCAAAAGAAUGUCCAUUACUUCAUUCUCAAACAAAUAAAACUCGAUUAUUCACGUAAUUCACAACUGUACUGAAAUGGUUCUAGAAAUCAUAAUUAAAAUCGUUCCUUUUGUGUGUAUCUAAUUCACGUUUUUCCAAAUGAUGCCUUUAAUUAUACCUACCUUAUUAUAAUUACAGGAAAUAUUUCGUCUCGUAUCCCCACACCACCUAGAAAUACCCAUACUAUUACAGGUAUUUAACUAGACGCGAUAUUUGAUUUAAUUCUAGGAAUUACAGGAAAUAUUUCGCCGGGUCCCAGUUUAACGAAUACUACUGUUCGUACUACCACACCACCAAGAAAUACCCAUACCAUUAUAGGUAUUUAACUAAGACGCAAUAUUUGCAUUCAGGGAUGCUACCUAUCUAUUUCUGUUCAAAAAUCGCAGUCCUAAUUCAUUUUUUAAUUGUUUUUUGAUGUUCAGAUAUGGAACCCCUGCGUCCUGUUGUGUCACUAAGAUACCCUCAGUUAGUAACUGAAGAAGUAGGUGCUACAGUUGGCAAAGUGAAUAAAGGAAUAAACACAGAAACAACAUAUGGUAUAAAACGCUUACCGCCGAGAGUCAUAUUUUUUGCAUUUUCUUCCCUCCCUUUGCUCAAAGUACUCUGUGCUUACCUACUGUAAAUAUCCAUCAAUGAGGAGAAUGGAAAAAAUAACCCAUGGUAGGUAACUUUAAUAGCAAUUAUAAAUUGGACAAUCUGUUAGGCGGAAGCUUAAAAGAUGAAAGAGAUCGCCAUGCCGAGUUUGCAAAUAUACUCUUUGGACAAGUAAGGCAAUACAUGCAAUUCGAAAAAUCGUUAAAAAAAGAUUGAAACAAACACAUUCUCUCAACUCAGCCCCCUUGGUGAACUCAACCCGCUGGUUAUAAAUGCUCUGCAUCAUGACCAGUGGAGUAAAUACUCUAAGACAAGAUUUAUUUUGUUUUCUAAUUUUACAAAUAAUGUAGUACCUACCUACUUUAUAAUACCAAUAUUUAUGUUAUUUACACGUACCUACCAAUAUUACCUACUAAUACUAAAUAUCUACAUUUAUUAAAUAGUGUUUAAUUACCUAUAUACUCAUUUGAGCAUUUAUGUCCUUAUACGUUUGCUCAUGUGUGCUCAUUUGAAACUCUCACUGUCGCUGUGAUUCAAAAAUUUUUGUCUCUUGGGGUCGGACUUUCAUGUUUCCGUUAAACAUAUUUGGUCCAUAGGAGCCAUGACAUCAGGUAAAUUUAAGGUAAGAUGAAAGUCUGACUUUUAAUAUAUGGAAGAGAAUGUAUUAAUAUGUACCUUAUACCUAUGUAUUCACAAACAACUCUGGUGUACAAAUAUUUUUAUAAAUUAUUGUGUAUGAUGCAUUGUUUAGCUUUUAUAAAUUAUAUAUUAGAAGGUC